AUGUUGAAAAUCGCAAAAUCCUUUAGAUUAGCAUCUUUUUCUUUAUUUGGCAAGUAGAAGAUGUUCAUAGCUACCAGCUCAUUUGACAAGGUAUUCACUGAGAGACACGUUAAAGAAUAUUUUGAGAAUGGUGCCACCUUAGUAGAAAAUGUCUUAACUGAGCAAGAAGUUGAUUAAAUGAUUGCUGAAACUGAAAGACUCGUCAAGCAAAAUGAUAUUUUCAAGAAAAUCGUUUACUUUAAGAGUGGUGAAGACUCAAGAGGGUUAGACUUUAUUGAAACUGGAGACAAAAUCCACUUUUUCUUUGAAGAAAAUGUAUUCGACAAGAAUGGUAAUCUCACUGUACCAAAGGAGCAUGCCUUAAAUAAAAUUGGUCAUGCUAUGCACGAUCUCGAUCCUUUCUACUAAAAGUUCUCUUAUUAACCUCUUUAUAAGUACAUUUUACAAUAGAUUAAAUACCAAGCUCCUUCCUUGGUUUAAAGCAUGUACAUCUACAAAAAUCCUAAAGUUGGAGCUCAAGUUUGUCCUCAUACUGAUAACACCUACUUGAUCACUGAACCCAAGUUAAGCUGUGUAGGAUUUUGGUUUGCUUUGCACGAUGCUACUAAAGAAAACGGAUGCAUGUGGGGAGUCAGCGGAAGCCAAAAAGAAUCUACUAAGAGAUUUAUGUACAGAAACGCUGCUGGAGAUGAUGUUUUAUAUGAAGGUGAAGAAAAGAAAUAUGAAUUAGAAAAGGCUGUUCCCUUAGAAGUUAAAAGAGGCUCUAUGCUCGUAUUCAAUGGAGACUACGUUCAUUAUAGCGAACACAAUAAAUCAAAGUACCCAAGACAUGCUCUCACUCUUCACUUUGUUGAAACUGCUAACAAUAUUAAAUGGCACUCCAGAAACUGGUUGCAAAGAAACCCUAAUCUCCCUUUCUUAGACUACAAUAAGCAAGUUGAAUAACUUAAUGGAAAGAUUUGA